CAAUUGCUAGUAUGUGUUUGUUACAAAGAAUUAGGGCUAUUCUAUUUAUACGUUAAUUCAAUCGCUUGCAGAACAAAAUGCUCCGGAUAAACCACGCCUCCUUAUGAUAUGGUUUACCUAAAAUCAGAUUCGUAUAUUUACGUGUACUUGCAAUGUAUUUGUAUAUAUUCGUAGCGGCCGGCCGAGGCGAUAUUUUGCAGUGGUUAAGUGCUUCCCGACAAUGUUGCUUGCUUGACCGUUGCCCGCGCUUUGGUACCGUGAAACAGUGAUUUUUGGAAUUACCAAAACUAAUUGUUUAAUAUUUUUGUUCAAUUUAACUAUACUAAGGGGUGAUUAAGAAAACACAGGACAAAAAUAUCGAAGCAAUGAGUUAUUUGUUAUUUUGGUAAUUUCCAUUGAAAUUCUCCUCUGUUUGGAUAACGUCAACUAAAUAUGACAUCUUAAUGUAUAUUGCGAAAGGAUUGGAGCAUGUUUGUUUUCUCGCGUUAUUUAUUUCUUUAAUCUCGUCAGUGACUCAGUGGUUUGUGAAAUUUUCAUAUCUGUGAAAUAGAUCAAUGGUGGAAAGAAUAAAGUGCAAGUUAUGUUGUGCGACCCGGGUGUCGACGCUUCACAGUUAUACCGCGAGGGAAGCGUGCGAUGGCGCGGCGGCAUGAGCGAGGUGGCCGAGGACUCGGACGACGGCGAUCAGGCCUACAUCUCCAGCGACGAAUCAGUGCACGGAGUCGAACCAGUGGAGACAUUUCGCGUCAAACCAUCCAGGGAUAUAUGGGAAUUAGAGGAUAUACUGAACGUGUUACGGCAACUGCCGAAUACUGAGGAGUUGCUUACAAUACUAGAGUCGGGGAACUAUGACGAUGUGAUCAACUUUAUAAUGGAAACAAAUCCAAAAGUCAGUAUGAAGACAGCGAUGCUUUGGGCAUCUUGGCUUGGUAGAAGUUCGCUGCUGACGAGGCUACUAAAGCUAGGAGCAGACCCUAACAGCGCAGAUGGUUCUGGAAGAACAUGUUUACAUUUGAGUUGUUUGGUGGCGAAUGAAGAAUGUGUUAAAUUGUUACUGGACCACGGAGCCGACCCAAAUAAAUGGGAUUCUCUGUGUGAUAAAAAGGCGACACCGCUGCACUGUGCUGCAAGCGCUAAAUGUUUGAAAUGUGUCAAAGUAUUAAUAAGUCACGGUGCAGAUGUGAACGCGGGACUAAGCGAUCGUUCUCCGUUGCAUUACGCGGUAAUGAGCGACGCGCCUGAGGUUGUUGGCGCACUUCUUGAAGCAGGCGCAUGUCCUGACACUCCCCAGGUGUUCACGGAGACUCCUCUCCACGUGGCGGCGUCUUUAGGUUCGGAUUCGUGUAUGAAGCUACUUUUAGACGCGGGUGCUGACGUGAGGGCGGCACUGGGGCCCGGCAGGACGACUGCUCUACACCUGGCGGCCGUGGAUGGACAUGCGGAAUGCGCGAGACUGCUGUUAGACCACGGGGCGUACAUAGACUGUCCCAACUCCAGAGGGCAGACAUCUUUGCACCUUGCUGCAUUAGCACAAUCAAUUGAGGUGGUGGAACUGCUGGUUGGCAGACGAGCUGACGUGAAGGCGAGGGACAUAGAUGGUCGUACACCAUUACAUGGGUCGAUCGUGCGAGGCGCACGCGCUUGUGAUGUGGCACGUCUCCUUCUCUCCGUGGGGGCGGAUCCCAACGCACCGGAUAAUUUUGGAUACACCCCCCUACAUAUUGCUGCGUUGAACGAGUUCUCAGCAUGUGUUUUGUUAUUAUUAGAUUACGGUGGCGACGUGACAUUACGUACAAACGGCGGUGUGUCAGCGUUAUCGUUCAUAGUACGUAGGGUACCUGACGUGGUGCCAAGAUAUCUGAGGAAGUUUGAUGACGCGGUACAUGUCAGCGAGCAUGAGCUGGGCGAUGUUGACUGUGAAUUUACUAUUGACUUCAGGCCACUAGUGCCGUGUUUAUCACGAGGGGAGGCUGAACUGCUACUGGCUUUUAUAGAGGUCGGUCAUAAAGACGUUCUCAAACACCCGGUCGCGGAGACAUUCUUGUUUUUAAAAUGGCGACGAAUAAGAAAAUUCUUCGUGUUGAGUUUCGUGUACCACGCGCUGUUUAUAACUCUCUACAGCGUCUACAUAUUACAAAUAUUUUUGUGCGAAGACGUGACCUGUGCCGUGCCCUCGUAUCUGCGGCCGGUGCAAUAUCUGAUCCUACUUCUAAAUCUAUGUUUCAUGUGUAAAGAACUGUUCCAAGCUUGUCUUGAUUAUUCCGCGUACAUUCGACAAUGGGAGAAUUGGUUACAAAUAUUAAUUAUUAUAGGAGUAUUUCUAUGUACGGUGCCGACUUGGUACAUGGAGGAUGGGGUGGCGAAGAGCACAUCUAAUUGGCAGCACGACGUAGCGGCCAUAACUAUAUUCUUCUGUUGGCUUGAGCUAAUGAUGAUCAUCGGCCGUUUCCCUACAUUCGGAUUAUACGUGCAAAUGUUUACUACAGUGACGGUAAAUUUCGCGACAUUUCUUCUCGCCUACAGUUGCCUAUUAAUAGCAUUCGGUCUGGCAUUCAGCGUGCUCUUUAGCAACUACCCUGCCUUUCAUCUACCAGCAGGUCUGGUGAAGACCGUCAUGAUGAUGUCAGGAGAACUGGAGUAUGAGGAUAUAUUCUACAACGGCAACGGCACCGAUUUCGAAAUACAUUAUCCGUUCACUGCUCAUGGAAUGUUCUUGAUAUUUGUUGUACUAGUCACUGUUAUAUUGACGAAUUUGCUUGUUGGUUUGGCUGUCAGUGACAUACAGGCAUUACAAGAAAGCGCCGGUCUGGAUAGAUUAGUGCGUCAGACUCAAUUAGUAGCACAUCUGGAGAGUAUGCUGUUCAGUCCUUUGCUGACGUGCGCGCCAAAACAAUUGCUGGCUGUUUUGCGAUGGGGGGCGCUGCUAACUGCAACCCACUUACGGACACUCAACAUACGACCCAAUGACCCUAGAGAAAACAGGAUACCAAAGGAGCUAAUAUCAUCGAUUUAUAAAAUGGUAGCCAGUCGUCACAGUACUAAAAAGAGUAUAAGGAGAAAUAAUAACUACGAAUGUCGUAUACGUAGAUGUAAAGAAGACGAAGACGUAGAAAGACAAGUGGUGAAAAGAAAGAGUAAUUUAUUCGACCAGUUUUCGUUAGAGAAUCAACAAGUUGAACGAAGGAAGAAGACUUCUACAACCGUGGAAAGAAACAGACCAAUGUCAUUCACAAUUAAUGCAAUACAAGAAAUAUGUAUGGUUGAUAUUAAAACUCAACUUGCCGAUUUAACAAAGAAAAUUAAUAAGUUAGUCGAAAGUACAGAAUCACGUUUAGCAGCUAUAGAAAAUAAAUUGGAUAACAGAUAAAGUUUUACAGUUGCCCAAACAUAUGCAUUUGCAGAUGCAUUGCCUACUUACAUAGUCAUGUACUUUACUUUAAUCGACAAAGGAGGGGAUGCACAUAUAAUUGAUAGUUAAUUUUUCUGUGCCAACCCUCCUAAGCCAAAACCAUCUCCGUACCCUUCUUUCUUUGUAAGAAAAGUAUAGGAAGGGUAUCAUAAAAAUUUGGCAACCAGAAUGCAUCACAUAAAAUGCGGAAUUUCUGCCAGUUCAUGCCUGUCUUCUAUGUAAACACUGGUUGAGCUAUGGAUUCAUGUAAUAGAUGUUAUUGCGAGCUCUACCACAGUUAGAUUAUUUAUAA